AUGGAAGUCACCAUUACCCCAUCGUCGUCGGUUUACUUUGCGGGAGAGCAACUCAAAGUCACCAUUACUUUUACGAACCUGACAGCGCCUUCAGCCGUCACCAAGCCUCACCGCCGCGGUCACUCGAUAAGUUCUGCGCCACUUGCACGUCCUCCCACGUCUCCAGGCGUCUUCACGCAUAAAUACGCACCAAGUUCUCCUGCAAUAGCACCCACGACGGGUCCUUUAAACGCCCCGCGUCGUCGCGGCCUGGUUGGUCACACGGCUCCCCUCGACUCACCAUCUACCACGCGUUCAAAGCAAACCAUGACAUUCAAAUCAACAUCUACCACCAUUUCAAAGUCUGAGAUUGCGCAUCUGGCUCUCGAAAACGCGUCAGCGGCAUCCGCAAAGAACAGAAAGGCGCUUUCUGAGAAGCCAUUCCCAGCCAAUCAUCCCCACGCGCGCAAGGUCUCGGUCCAAUGGCACUCGGUCGAACAAGGGCCACCUACUGCAAUGCCUUCUCCGCACCCCCUAUCAUUGGACCCCAUAAGCGAAAUAAACUCGCCUACAUCACCAUCGACACCCGCUAUGCCAUCCCCCGCUAUCGCAGCCGACUCUUUGUCUGCCUAUCCAACGGAGACAGCCAGGUCGAUCCCAAAGGGGCUGGGGAUAGACUUUCCCUCCUCGACGCGUAUCCCAGACAAGUCGGGUCCCAGAUCUGCCUCUGCAGGCACCUUACCAAUCCAGGGUGCCGAAACUCUUCUAUGGGCCUACGCACAAGUAAUAGGCAACGUAGAGUUUGACCCUUCAAUUAUAAAUAACACAGUAAUUACGUCGAUAAAGUCUCGACUGGCACGCGGCGGUCCUAUCGGAGGCGGUCGCAUGGACCUUCAUGACAAGUCUCCUAGCUCCAAUCAACCGAGUCCUAACAGCUGGUCAUCUUUGUUCGGCUUCUCGUCUCCGAGAACCCCUGCAUCCACACAGACAUCCUUUCUUUCGGGUCUUCUCUCCAGUCGCCCUACACCAGGCAGACUAGGCCAGACUGUAACAGACGAUCCCAACACCUUGCCGACUUUUACACCUCCCCAAUCAAUGCUUGCUGUCGAUCUAACUCUUGCACCCGGUGAAAGCAGGACAUCAAAGUCCAAGCCUGCUGCUUCUGCCGCCGUCAAGGCGUUGUCGGAGUUUGGUCGGGAGUUGCUCGAGUCCAAUCAUACGAGACGAGGAAGCGAUGGUGAUGAUUACGAGGCGAAGGAUACGGAAGUUGAUGAAGGUUGCCGGUUUGCGGUCGAGGUUUUGACCAGACAAUCCAGAAAAGGUGCUUUUUCAGUUCGAAGGGACCCGCGCUCGGUUCUUACUUCCACGAUGUCAGCUGCGUAUGAUGUCCACCGUGGUGGCGUACCUGUGGCUUCAUUGGUGAUGCCCAAAACGGUCUUCCGGCUGGGCGAAACGGUUCAUGGUGUCGUCGCGUUCAACUUGGGCGGUAACGAACUCAAAGUCGUCAAGGUUAACUACUUGUUGGAAACAUCUGAACGCACACUCCAAUCCCUUACAGGCACAAAGAUGGCCCUCAUUCGACGAGUUCAAGGUGAACAACAUGAAGAUAUGGUUUUGAAUCUACAACAAACUUUUUUCGCCCUCGACAUUCCGUCUGAUGCCUCUCCAGGGUUCGGACUGAGGCUAGGCGCCGAGAUGGACGGCGGGCUUGAAUGGAGGGUGCGAAUAUGUUUUCUUGUUGGUGACGGGAGUGGACAAAUGGACGAUGUGGGCGUUGAAGGCGAAUGGGCCGGCAGUUUCUCAGCCGGCGAUGGGGCUGCGCUUGGAAAGCUCGAGACGGUGGAGUGUGAGAUUCCAAUCGUUGUACUCCCUGCGCAUACUGUCUUUGGAUCAAUCCCAGUCUCUUUUUCUGUUUAA